CAAAGAUACUUCCCAUUGCUAUGAUGUAUUAUAUAUUAUUAUCGCCACACUAAGCCUAGGUUUAGCACAAGGAUUGAUUGGAUGUAGGAAUUCAGACUGCAGGAUUGCGCCAAGUCCUCCCAAAAGGCUGGUCGCGCUAGAGCUGAGAACAAAGAAAAGCAGAGUGGCUCACGUCAGCCAUCCCCCUUCUUCUGACCACCUCUCAGCUUCUUCACGACAACUCCUCUAACCCUGCCACUAAGAACGCUGCAUAGCUCGACAUCUAUUAAGUUAUUUCAAAUUGUACACAAUGCUGCAGCACACGCAGCGGGUGGGACAGCCUGAGGGUGCCACAAAGCCGAAGCGGAAGCCCGUCCGCAGGGACCCAGAGAAGAGGCGUCAGCAGAAUCUCCAAGCACAAAGGAAGUACCGGGAAAAACUGCGUGAGCGUUUGGAUCGACUCGAGGGGCUCGCUCAAAUCGCGGCCCAAAAUCGUGGCAUUGAGGCUCCACUACCUACUGUAGAUACACGAUCGACGAAACCAGGCGAGGCAUCCAUAGACGCCCUUCCCAUUACCAGCGCUGCUACAUUGCAUCCCACCACAGGGAGUCUUCCGGCUUGUGUUGCCCCAAAAAUAUCCAUUCCCGACUUGCUCACAGCCACUCUUGGGGACUAUGCCCAGCUCAGUUCACACCCUUAUGGCGCUCCGACGACCUUACCCAUCUGGGGGCCCGCGCUCAAUGAGACGCAACUCGAUCCCUCCUCAUUGAGCGUAUGGGAUACGGGGUACAUUUCACAGGCAAAUACCUGUUCCACAACAGCGAUACAGUAUCCAACAUCACAAGUCUCGCCAUUGAGUGACACCCUGCCGGAGCUAAGUUUUUCGAACUCAACAACGGUCGCCUCGCAGUCGGAGUCCGCCUCGUCUGGACCUAGCUCCACGGGUUCUCCAAGCCAUGUUGAUCCAGCACUCAUCUUCCGUGACGACAAUAAAUCGGGCCCAUGCUGGACAACGACCCUCAAAUGUAGCUGCGUUAGGCCGCACAUGGUCAUUCAGCAUUCAAGACCAAACUCUUUCAGCUCUGGAGAUUCCAAAAUCAUCAGAUUUGAGCCAAGUCCACCUGUCGCUAACCCAUACGUCAAUAAUCUCCGAAUCGACACACUCUGCACAAUAUCCGCAAUAUGUUUGCUUAGCGAGCACGUCGGUAUCACCGAAGAAGCCAUUUGUUUUGAUGACUCGAUCUCUCCAUUCUUCCGGUACGACGCGGAGUUUGCGGAUGCCGCCGCCCAAACCAGCAUCGUCAACAUGGUUCGCGGAUCAUACAGAACAUCACUAAAGCCAGACCUCCGCCCAAACAAGGAGCAGAUCACUGUCAAGCACCACCCCUACAUUGACAUCCUGCCGUUCCCGGAGCUCCGAAAAAACCUCAUCACCCGCACGGAGGACUAUGACGAGGACGAGUUCUUCCACGAUCUGCUAUUCGGGCUAGUAUGCUGGGGCAACGCAGGCGUCGGAAAGCGGGAUCGGAAUGUCUCUACUGGAUACGCCUCUACGGGGAUGCCGUGGGAUGUCCGAAGCUGGGAAGGACAUGAAUGGUUCCUGAAGAAGUACUGGAGUUUGUUCGGUGGUGAGGAGGGAGAGCUUCCGCGGCAGACUGAAUGGUGGCGUGGCAUUCGAGGGGAUGAGCCGCUGAAUGUCGAAGAGGUCAGCUAGUUCGGCCUUUUUGUGCUACUAUGAGUUCUACGUGUCAUAUGCUACUUCGGAGCCAAUACCCCUUUUAUAUGAAUUCAACAAUCUUUCCGCUCUAUCGCUCAUUGGACACGAUUAUGCGCUCAAAAAUACCCUGGGUAUAUCUAUAAUGCUUAUAAGAUCUCCGAUUUACAACCAGAUGGCCGUGAUCUCACUCCUUCCACUCAUCUCUCCCAAGCCUGAUAAUAUCAGGCUGCUCAACGACCCAAUACCUGGAGGGCGCCUUGCCCUCAUCCGCCAACCGAGCAGCAUGAACAGCAGCCCUUCCAAUAACAAGCUGAUCCGCAGCUACAUCACACAGUUAGCAUCCUCCCACCCUUAAGGAAUGGGAGCGAGAAGAGCAUACCAAUCUUAUCCUGUAACCCCUUCGAAACCAUCCCAAGGGCUUCAAAAAACCUUUCAAGCAACGGUGCCUUUGAGUUCUGUCUCCCAAUAAUCAUCCCUGGCCUCAGAAUAAUCGCCUGCUCAAACCCUAGCUCUCGCACCGCAUCGUCCACUCCAACCUUCAUCCUCGCGUAAGGGGUAUACUUGAAGAGAAAGCCCCUAGUGCCCCCACUCGAGAUGAACACGAACGUCUUCACCCCAGCCUCCUUGGCCGCGCGCGCACUGUCAAUAACAGAAUCGUGGUCGAUUUUCCAUUGUUCUGCGACUCCACCGGCGGCCGCCCUGGUCGUCCCAACCGCGUUGUAGAAGACUGAUGGUUUAGGUGUGAGGGUGGAUAUUAGACCUGCCCAUUUUGAGAUGUCGGCUUCCUCAAUAGCCUGAAGCUUGGGAGAGUCGGAUUUGGGAAUGCGGCGCGAUAUCGUUUUCACAGAGGUGAUGUUGGGGCUGGCGAAGAGGGUUGCGAGGAUCUGUGAUCCUACGCCGCCUGUACUGCCUAGGACUACUGCUGUUGUCAUGACGAGUGCUUUUCUAGAUGGAAUUGAGGGUUUUUUAGAUGACUGGGAGGAAGAAACGGUUAUGAUGGAAAUGUCUGGGUCCUUCAAAAGAUCUAAUGGAAAUAUGUAGGCUGCAAGUCGUCACGUCACCAUUCUUAAUUCGUUCUUGUAUAGCUUACGUUAUCCACGCAUGGCUCUAUCAGCCACAACUCGGGCUCAGGAGUUAACAUAUAAGCCAUUGCAAUUCGAGGAUAGUUUAUAGUCGUAUUUCUCUAGGUCAAAAUUGUGUUUCUGAUGAAGCUAGUGGCGAUGAGAGG